GAACUUAUCGCAGUUCAGCGGUGCAGCGAAAACGAACAGACCUCUAUACUUGUCUCAUAAAGAUUCUCUAUAAAGAACAGACAACGGACAUCUCUAACCUUAUCGCGCGUGUGGUGUGUUCAUCUCGUGAUGCACCUAGUACUUUCAACGACAAGUUUUCAGUAGAAUACACGAUGAUCGAAGCCGAUAAGAUGCUGCACUUGAGAAAAUACGUAUUGACCAUCCUUAGAAACGAUGCGAGAUCGCGUGUGGUGCGUACGCUGCAUUCUACGUCGGCGCGCAAAGGAGGUUAUGUUCUCCGCUCCUUACAUCACUGCUAUGUACCGCCGACGGUACAAAAUUCGCGAUCGAAUUACGCAGUGUGCGGCAUCAGGACAUUCAGCACAACCGUCGCACAAUCAUUGGCCGACGAUGCCGAUCAGAAACUGACGUCUUUUUGCGAUGACGUAAAGCACGGGCAAACGUGGUCAGCGGAUAGAUUGAAGGAGAUUGUCCGGUUGUGCGACGAGAGUAAUUAUCAGCUGCAACCCAGCACGGGCGUAUUACUGCUGAAAUGUUGCGGCAAUCCCCUAUCCACCGUGGAAUUGAACGAGAGGCAGGAUCUCGCCGAUCGGGUAUGGCGGCUCGCCAAGAGAAACGCGCUAACGUUGGAGCACUACAACACUCUGCUGAAUGUAUACGCGGAGAACUCCAAUUCGGUGGAUCCCAAGGAGUUUUUAGCCGAAAUGAACGUGACGCCGAACGAUGACACGUAUCGCCUGCUGUUUAACACGGCCGUCAAGACUGGCAAUACCGAACAUCUGCAGAAUAUCAUGUCCGUGAUGAAGGCCAGCAACAUCUUGCUCGGUGAGGACACCUUCUGUUCAUUGAUACAAAUUUACAUGGCCAAGGGUAACAUUACCGAGGCAUUAAAUAUGAUUGCAUUUGCGCAAGACGCGAAAUUGCCUGUUGACAAGCUGUACACUGAGCUGGCUUGUGGGUACGCGGCACAGGGUGAUAUUCCAAAUUUGGUCAAGAUUCUGAACGAUGAACCGCAGAGCAACCUGAGUCUUCUCAAGAUAAUCAAGUCCCUGAGCGUGUCAGAUAAUGGCAGACAUAUUCCUGUUGUCGUGAAUUUCCUCUCGACGGUCUCGACAAUCAAGCCUGAGAUCAAUAACUUAAUAACAGAGCUGGUGCGCGCGGACCGAAUUGCAGACGCGAACGCGCUUAUAAAUUGUAUCGCAUUGAAUGACAUUGCACACGUGAAGAGCUUCGCAAACAACUUCCUGACCCAACUGAUCAUGACGAAUGCACCUGUCGAGGACAUCGUGAAAUUCGCCAACAGUUUCAUUGAGUCAGGAUCCGAGCCUAUGGCGUUAACCAACGUAGCAGAGAUCUCCUUGAAGCUCAGCAGGGAGAAACAGAGUCUCGUGAUAUUCACGACGAUGCAGAAGAAGGGUCUCGAAAUACGACCGCAUUAUUACUGGCCUCUGCUGCUGAACGCACAUCGAAACGAGGGUGAGGCCAAGAUAUACUCGCUCGUCGCGUCCAUGAAUGACAUGAACGUGGAAUUUGACUUCGAUACAUUUGCCUCUUAUGUAUUUCCGUACGUGAACACUGCGAAUCCAAUCAUCACACUGCAGAAAUUGAAAUUAAUCGGCAUACCUGGCAACCUUUUGACCACACCUAUGAUACACUACUUGCUGAGCUCGUAUCGAUUGGAGGACGUUAUGUGUCUGUAUGAGUACGCGCUCAUGAAAUUGGACUACAGAUUGCUGAUGAGAUCGUUGACGGAUGUUUACUUCGCCAAGAGAGACGUCGAGAAUUGCGUGAAGGUGCUGACCACGUUCAAAAGUGGUCACAAAUAUGUCAGCUUAUUCCUGUUUAAGCUGAUACGAAACAGCCGUCCGAAACUCCCCGUAGAGGAAUUUCAGUCUCUACUGGAGGCUUUCGAGAAGCACCAAGUGAAGUUCUCGUCGCGUGACGCUACUUUUUUGAAACACAGACUUGACCAUGUCAAUAAUCCGGCUGACACGACCGAUAAACUGUACAAAACGAUCGACAGAAUGACGAACAAAGAUUUUCAGCACUCAUUGCUAACGACCAUACCGCAUCCGAAGUACAUGACUACCAAGGAGCUGGCUUGUCAUUUCGUCGAACUGAAGAGUCACGAGUGUGGAACCAAGACUAUCCUGCAUCGCUUAUUGGAAGCGUAUUACCUGGAGAAUAACCUGAAGAGAGCGGAGGAAGUUAAAAAGGAAUACGAUGAAAAUCGAUACACGUGGACGCCCGGCAUGAAGAUAAUACUUUUUGAUCUGUACGUCAAGCACAACAAACUAAAAGAAGCCGAAAAAUUGUUGCUCGAGGUACAAAAAAUGUCCAACACAUUCUCCGUGGAUAGCACCAAGAUACUGUUUUUCGCCAUCGCGUUGGUGAAGACGGGCAAAACGGAAGCGGCCUUCAACAUUAUCGAGAAUUUUUCCAACGUCAACAACUGGAAGAACAUGGACAGAAGCUGUGCUAAGCUUUUGAACGCGCUGGCAGAGAGCAGGUAUAAAGAAAGCACGAAGAGCAUGUUAGACCUUCUGAUCAGGAAGAAUUACUGCAACAUAAGUACCGAAUUGCUGCGGCCGCUGGUAGCGAUACCGUUGAGACAGAACGAUAUACCAUCGGCGGUAGAAACGUUCAAAGCAUGCAUGCGUAUACACAGGAAGCUACCUUUAGCGGUGGAGGUGUUCACAGCAUUGUUACGUGAGAAAGAGAACUCGCAUUUGCAGGAUGUAAAUAAACAUAUAAACGAGGUGUACGAUAUGAUGGCGCUUAUCAAAAGCGUCGAGGUGGCCAACACUAUCGUGGUAAUAGCAUUGGCAAAUUUAAAUAAAAUGGAAGAACUGCGAGUUAUAUUGCAGAAGCAAAGGAUCGCCACAAACACAAUCAUGCAUUACGUCAAUUUCGCGCAAAGGACAAACGACGUGCACGCCUUGUUGAGAAUUGUCGAGGCGAGUGAGAACUCAAACAAUGUCAACCAAUCUCUUUUGUGCGACACGCUUCUUACCUUUUACAGUAAAACAGGUGAUUGUACAAACGCCCUCGCGCUUUGGGAAUUGAUGCGCGCAAAAAAUAUCGAGCCCAGUAAACUUUUCAAGCAGGGUUUUAUUGAAUUUUUCCGCUCGAAUAGAGCAACACUCCCGGCCGAAUUCGAGUCGGAUGAGAGUGAGGUAAAUGUUACUAGUAAUUAGUGGAACGAAACGUGUGAGAUAGAAACGUCGCAUGUUGUUUUCAAGUAAAUAUUAUUAUAUCCGAAGGAGAGAAGGCAAGGUUCAAUAAAGAGAUUUCAGAUUCUCCUGAAGCACCAGCCCGUAA